AUGAGGAUAAAGGAAGUCAAGAGUCAUGCCAGGAUGGGGAUAAAGGAAGUCAAGAGUCAUGCCAGGAUGGGGAUAAAGGAAGUCAAGAGUCGGCUAAAACAAAAGGAGCUGGCAGAGAAUGGCUACUCCUCGACAGCAGACACAGGUGGCACAGGAGCGGCCCAUCACAGCGCACUUUGGACAGGCAGCGACAACAACUACCACCAGUGGCUAUUCACUGUCAAGGCCCGUCCAUCCAGGCUACUGGUGGCCAAGAGACCUCGCAGCAACGUGGGCCUGGAGAGCAGCCCUGAACAGCCGCAGCCUUACCACUCCCUGAAGGAGGCAGAAUUUGCAGAGGAACCCAGCAGUGGCCCCUCCUACACGGCCCCACCCAGCCCGGCGACGGAGAAGUUUGCGGACAUCAACCUGCUAGGGGACAUGUUCAGCUGCUUGGAUGAGACCCGAGGGCCAGCAGCUCAGCCUUGCCAGGAGCCUGGAGGACCUCCGCAUUCCCAAAGACCACCAGGAGCAGCAGAAAUUCACCUACCAGAUAGCAGAGUGCACGUGGCACUCGGAGGCUACAGACCUGGUUCAAAUAUCUAUUUCAGGCGCAUGGACCUGAGUGGCAGCGAGCACACGUGCACCCUCCCAGGCCUCAAACACCCGUGCACCCUCCCAGGCCUCAAAGACCCCAACCCUUACAACAAGAUGUGGAGUGUGCAUGGGCAAGAUCACAUGGCCGUGGCCAGCCGGUUGUCGCCGAACUGGGAUGGACCCCUGUCGGUGCCCCCACCUGAGCUUGAGGAGCCACUGCACCCCAGCCGAGAAAGCUUCGGUCCCGGGGUCUCUGAGCUGCCGGAUCCCUCCACCACCCCUAGCCAAGGGGGGUGCAUAACCAUCCCCGCCCCCAGGGGAGGAAAACCCCAGAGCCAGGGAAGGUCUUGGCUGCGCCACCAGUGCACGAGCCACAAAACAAGCCAGGAGUGGCGGGGGAGGGUGGGACCACCACGGCAGGGGGUCAGGAGUUCCGGCAGGCCCUUGGGAUGGGGGGUAACCUGAUGCUGCAGCCCACCUAGAUAGACUUCAGCGAAGGUGAGGACGUGGAUCUGCUCAGCCUCCUUGACCCCCUGAACAACCCAGCCCAAACCACCAUCACCCCAGCAGGGGAAGGAGCAGACUCCCUGUCCGGUACUGCCCCUCCAUCCUCCAGGACCAUUUUCCCGUCACGGUCCUAUCCCCAGAGCCUGCCCCCCUUCCACCAACACAUGACGCUCAACCCCUUCACCACUCCCCUCGGCUACCCUACCCACAGACCCUACUUGCCCACCAUGGCGGGGAAUCCCUUCAGUGGAGGCACAUGCAGGCCUCCUGCCUCUGCCUAUUUCCAUGCCACCCCCCAUGGUCAUCCUCCUCACCUUCUCUCCACAAUUCCGGGGCUCUACAGACUGUCCUCCCCUGUAGGGUCGACCCUCCCCCCUGGCAAUGGCUCUAUGUGGCCUGCCUUCCCCAAUCAUGGCGGUCCUCCCCCCACCUCUUCAGACAGCCUGUUGAACUCACCCUCAGCCCCCAGCCCUAAUCCUCCCAACACUACAGAGGACUCUGAGACUCAGGAUCCCUUUGGGGAACUACUGGCCAUGGCCACGCCGGCCGUCGCACUACCUAAAAAGAGGGACCUUCGGGGGAAGUGGGAGACUUUUGACUAACCCCCCCAACGCCAAUAAGUGACUUUCCACUUAGUGACAUUGUCUUAUUUACCCCUUCCCUGCACCAGCUUAUGCUGCUGAUCAAUGAGGAACAGAGUCUGUGUGUCAGGUGACAAAUCGAGAGACUGGUUUCCACACGGUCCCCUCCCCCAGUCACUUGGACAAGUCCGUUCCCCCUCUGCUGAGCGUUGGAGUUCGAGCCUCUUUCUUUUUCUCUUUGUCUGUCUCUCACCCUCUAUCUCUCUCUUUCGUCCAUUAGCCAGGAAUGGGACUCUAAACCUGGCUUUACUUAUUUCAGUAUGCUGAUGCAUCAACCGUGCAGAGCCCAUGCUAGCGCGCUCUUGCACAUUGUCUUUUAGCUUAGCCUAUAGCUUUGCUUAGCUCAAACAGUAAAUUGUGUGGCCACUAAAACGCAUCUUGACUCCAUCCUGAGACCAAGCACCAAAAUUCCAGCACGUCUCAGAAACUGUCAGAGCCGUGUCUGUCACUGCAAUGAAAUAGCUAAUCAUUAGAGUAGCCAGUAGUCCGCAUUUGUGGAUUGCCCAGGUUAACAGCGCAUUCCAAGCAUGCAGUCAGUCUACCCUCGUUGUCUUCAGCUGUGUCAUGCUAAACAAUUUAUUUUAGAGGAAACACUCAAACGAUACAUGAUUUUGUUUGUCUGGACUCACCUCUGUACAAACUAAUGGACCGUACUCAUUCACUGAAGCAAAUCUGCCGGAAAUAUGUGCAGUAGUAUUUUCUGUUUACAGUUCAUAUUUGUAUCACGCUUUUCUCUAAGAGAUUUGAUGGAACUCAUGCCUGUUAUUCUUCAAUUGGUCUUGCUGAGAUUUGAUGUUUGCAUUAAGAAACAGUGAAGGAAACAUGUUUCAUACGAGACAGUCCGAGUAUGACAAUGUUUGAGAAUGGGACAAGAAGAUAAAGGCAUAGUGGAGUUUGGCUUACUUUUGUCAUUUCCAGUCACAUACAGUACCCUAUAUUUUGGUGAAAGGAUCCAUUUUAAGCCAAACUCCAAAUAAGGACAGAUGAAUUUACUGUACCAUCGCAGGCUUUAUCACAGAUAUCUACAGCACCGGUUUGAGUGCCAUACAUUUUUUUUAUUCAAAAUCAGAAACUUUCAUCAAGUUAUCUAGCUGCUCAGAUACACGGUUGUCUUAUCCUCUGUUUGGAAACAAAAGUGAGCAUGCCGCGUUAAGACGUCUAACCAAAAUUGGGUGGAAGAGCUCUCUCUGUGAGGUACUUAAAAAGUCAACCUAUAAUCAAACAACCAAAAUGUGUUGAUUGUAGAGUGAGAGAACGAUUUCUCGUAAGGCUUCAUUUAUUCUACAAAAUGCAUACUCUGCCAUUUUUGCACUGGUUGUAGAACUGUGUAACUUUGAGUGCAUAGCGAUACCACACUUUCACAUAUUGAGGAUAAAUGAGUCUUAGGAGCAGAGUUUUGGGGGGAGGAAACAUGUCCUUACCAGGCAGUGCAUCGUGGGGUAUAUUGUUUGCUAGCAGAGACUAAAGUUAGCUGACGUUUGUAGUGGCUGUUUAAAGAAAACCAAACCAUGGAUUACAGUUUCUCUUGAACCAUAGACUGGAAAAUACUGAACCUCCCCUUUAAGAUUGUUGCCCUACCUAGAGUAAAAAUGUUUUUAAAAACAUGAACCAAAAAGUGGAAGGGUGGGGGUAGUGGGUGCCCACUGUUCAUGUAUUUCUUAAAAAAUAAAGUCCAUCCAGUCCAUCUUCAAUGCUCGAUCGAAUGGCAUAUGCCGGUGUUACACUGGAGCCUCCUCUGUCUAUCGGAGACCAAAGGUUGUCCUUGGACCUUUGACUUCCCGCCCAGUCUUUCAAUGACUUUGGAACGCCCCCACCACCAACCGGGAUGCUCCUUCAGACAUGCAACUCAAUUCUUUACCAACCACCCUGCACUGCCCACCCCCACUACUCCAACCUGUACUCCCUCACCAAGAUCCUCCAAACUACUCACACAAGAUUAGGGCAAACAAAACACAAAAAUACGGCACCACUGGGCCAGUAACAUAUACAUCCAGCAGGGGGCAGCAGCUCAUGUCGUCUCCCCUGUGUCUCCCUCCAGCGAGCUAGACCGACUUUAGAGUCUAUUGUCUCAGUGAGUCUUGCGCACCUGCCAGCAGUGCUGUGCUCUCAGAUGAGCUUUUGCAGAUUUUUGCGUGACGCAGCCUAGCCACAUGUCCCGAGCACAGUUCUUGGAUCAGAUCUAGACUGAUCAGAUGAGUUGCCCCUCAGGGGGGACGUUAAAUAUGCUGUCCGUUUCCAGGCGCCCCCCGGCCACCUCCUGAGCGCUGGGGCUGUAGGAUCCCCCCGACUGGCGCUUCUUGCGGGCUGUGAACACCAUCAAGGUGAGGCGAUGACUGCUAGCAGAGCACCAAGGCACACCAGGGGGAUGGCUAUCACCAGCCACGGCACCCGCUCUUUCUGGGGCUGUUACUGCAAGGAGGAAACAAGCAAGGAACCAAGGGAGAAAUACGAUGAAUGCAAAAUGACUUGGAAGAGGAGGAGAAGAAUGAAGAAGUCAAUAGUUCUUACUUUUGUAUGGCAGAAUGGGCCACUGUAGCCAGGUAGGCACACACACCAGAACCUAUUGAGUCGAUCGAUACAGGAUCCACCAUUCCGACAGGGGUUAGACUCACACUCAUUUAUCUCUGUUUCACGCCUGAGGAGGAAAACACAAUGAGGACAUUGUAAACAGACAUAACAAGCAUGAUAUACAGUGGGGUCUGAAAUGAUUGACACCCUUGAUAAAAAUGUGUGAAAAUUACUAUAUAAAAUAAAUGAUUCAAGUACC